AUGCGCGAUCUUGUUCGCAGGGUGGGCGUCGCGAUUCCAACGGUGGAGGUGCGCUUCGAGGACAUCCACGUGGAGGCGGGCGUGUACGUGGGCGACCGAUCCGUGCCCACCCUGCCUAACUACAUGCGCGACGUGCUCUCCGUGAGUCCCUGCUUCCGUCCCCCCCUGCUUCCGAGUCGUCACGGCCUUUCCCACGUUGGCUCUCGUCGCUGUUCCCGCAUCAAACACAACUUCUUGACCAUUCUUGCAGGCACCUCACGCUCUACCCCUUCCCCACCCAUCCCUUAUGCACAGUGGCUAAUUUCACAACUGCCCCGCGCGCUUCAUCUACUGCGCGACUCGCGCCAGCGCCUUCCCAUCCUCAACGGCUGCUCAGGCAUCCUCAAACCAGGCCGGCUGACGCUGCUGCUUGGGCCGCCAGGAGCUGGAAAGAGCACUCUCCUGCAGGCUCUCGCUGGGUUGCUGCCCAAGGACGUGAAGGCGUCGGGCACAGUGACGUACAACGGGCACGAGCCGGGGGAGUUCUAUCUGCCGCACACGGCGGCGUACGUGCCGCAGACCCAGGCGCACAUCGGCGAGAUGACCGUCCGGGAGACCUUUGACUUUGCUGCGCGCAUGCAGGGGCCUGCGUACCGCAAGGAUCUUGUGAGGGAAGUGGAGGAGAAGGAGAAAGAGACAGGCACGACACCGGAUCCGAUCAUGCAGCAGAUGAUGAGGGCGAUGGCGUUGGAGGGCAACGCUACCAGCGUGCUUACAGACUAUAUUGUCCAUAUCCUGGGGCUGGACGUGUGUGCAGACACGGUGGUGGGCAGUGCACUCAGGCGAGGCAUAUCGGGCGGGCAGAAGAAGAGAGUCGCCACUGGCGAGGCGCUGGUGAGCGCGAAGCAGGUGCUACUAAUGGACGAGAUCAGCACAGGCCUCGACUCCUCCACCACCUACCUCAUCACGCGCUGCCUGCGCCACAUCUCGCACCUGCACCGCGCCACCACGCUCGUGGCUCUUCUCCAGCCCGCCCCCGAGACGUACGAGCUGUUUGACGACGUGCUGCUGCUGGCCGAGGGCCACGUGGUCUUCCACGGCGCACGCACCGACGUUCUGCCCUUCUUCAACUCGCUCGGCUUCCAGUGCCCGCCCCGGAAGGCCGAGGCGGAUUUCCUGCAGGAGGUGCUAUCAGUGAAGGACCAGGGGCAGUACUGGGCCAACACAGAGCAGCCGCACCGCUUCAUCCCUGCACAGGCGCUCGCUGCCGCCUUCAGUGACACGCAGCGCGCCAAGGAGCAGCAGGCUCAACUCUCCACGCCCUUCCCCAAGGAGAGCAGUCCCAAGGGAGCGUUGGAGCACCGGCGGUACGUGCUGACGGCGCGGGAGAUCUUUGAGGCCAUGGUGCAGCGCCAGCUGCUGCUCUUCAAGCGCACCUCCUUCAUCUACUUCGCCUCCAUCGCCAAGAUCAUCCUGAUGGCGCUAGUGACGGCCACGGUAUUCCUCUUCCCUGAGAUGCACGUGACAGUGGCGGGCGGGCAGAUCUACCUGGGAGCCAUCUUCUUCGGUCUCAUUGUCAUGCUCUUCAACGGUGGCUCUGAGACGCCCAUCCUCAUAGAGCGCCUGCCCAUCUUCUACCGCGAGCGUGACGCGCUGCUGUACCCCGCGUGGUCCUACGCCAUCCCCAUGGCGCUCAUCUGCAUCCCCUACUCCGCUGCGCUUGCUGUGGCAUGGACCUCCAUUGUCUACUUCCUCGUUGGCUUCGCUCCCAACGCCGACCGGUUCUUGGCGCAGAUGCUGAUGUGGUUCCUCAUUCACCAGGUGGGCAUGUCGCUCUUCCGCCUCGUCGCCAGUGUGGGGCGCAGUCGCGGUGUCGCCAACACCUUUGGCACCUUCGCCCUCAUCGUCCUCUUCCUCCUCGGAGGCUUUGUCAUUGCCAAAGAGAACAUCCCCCCGUGGUGGAUCUGGGCGUACUGGCUGUCACCACUGGCCUAUGCGCAGAACGCCCUCGCAGUCAACGAGUUCAAGGCGCCCCGCUGGCAAGUGCCCGUGGCAGGCAGCAACAUGACCAUGGGCGACAUAGUGCUCACGUCUCGCUCCCUGCCCACGGAGGACAGCUGGCGCUGGAUUGGCAUCGGGGCCUUCGUGGGAUUCAUUCUCGUCUUCAACUCCCUCACCAUCCUCGCCCUCACCUUCCUCAAUCCGUACGCGGCAGAGCAGCAGGUGGUGUCGGAGGAGCAGCUGCAGGCGAGGCACAUGGCGCGCACAGGGGAGAUGAUGGACGAGAAGAAGCACAGCAGGGGCAGCAGGAACCGCAGCAAGUCACGUGGCAGCAGGAGCAGCGGUGCACUGGACAAGUACCGGAAGAAGAGCGUGGAAGCCAGUGCAGACCCGGCUGCGGUGGCAGAGGCGGGGGAGGCGGGGGUGCGCGGCAUGGUGCUGCCGUUUGAGCCGCUGUCUCUGUCCUUCAGCAGCGUCAACUAUUACGUGGACAUGCCUGCAGAGAUGAAGGCGGAGGGCGCUGAGGGCGACCGCCUGCAGCUGCUGCGCAACGUCUCGGGCGCCUUCCGCCCCAAGGUGCUCACGGCCCUUGUAGGCGUGUCGGGCGCGGGCAAGACGACGCUCAUGGACGUGCUGGCAGGGAGGAAGACCGGGGGGUACAUCGAAGGGGACGUGCGCGUUUCUGGCUACCCCAAGGUGCACGAGACGUUUGCGCGCGUGUCCGGAUACUGCGAGCAGGACGACAUUCACACGCCGCAGGUGACGGUGUACGAGAGUCUGCUCUACUCCGCGUGGCUGCGCCUGCCCCAGGACGUGGACAAGGACGUGCGAGAGGACUUUGUGGAGGAGGUGAUGGAGCUCGUGGAGCUGGAGGCGCUGAGGGGCAGCAUUGUGGGGCUGCCGGGGGUGAACGGGCUGUCCACGGAGCAGCGCAAGCGCCUGACUAUUGCCGUUGAGCUCGUCGCCAACCCCUCCAUCAUUUUCAUGGAUGAACCCACCUCAGGGCUGGAUGCGAGGGCAGCGGCCAUAGUGAUGCGUGCGGUGCGCAACACGGUGAACACGGGCCGCACAGUGCUGUGCACCAUCCACCAGCCGUCCAUCGACAUCUUUGAGUCCUUUGAUGAGCUGCUGCUGAUGACGCUGGGAGGGCAGGUCAUCUACUUCGGUCCUCUGGGCGUGCAGUCACACCACCUCAUUGACUACUUCCAGGCUGUGCCGUCGGUGCCUCGUAUCCCGACUGGCUACAACCCUGCCACGUGGAUGCUUGACAUCACCACGCCAGCAGCAUCGGAGCGCACGGGCGUUGACUUUGUUGACCUCUACCACAAGUCGGACCUCUUCAAGCGCAACCAGGAGCUAGUGGAGUCACUCAGGACCCCGCCGCCCGGGCAGAACGACCUGCACUUCGCCACGGAGCACUCCACGUCCUUCUUCACGCAGUUCUACGUGAACCUGUGGAAGCGUGCCGCCAUGUACUGGCGUGCGCCAGACUACAACGCCGUGCGCUACAUCUUCUGCACCGUCUUCGCUCUCCUCAUCGGCCUCGUCUUCUUUGGUCUCGGCAAGAAGACCGCCACCAUGCUCGAUGUCUUCAACGUCAUGGGUGCUCUCUACACCACGUCGAUCUUCAUGGCUUGGAACAACUCAGCCGCCGUGCAACCGCUGGUAGCUGUGGAGCGCACCGUGUAUUACAGAGAGAAGGCCGCAGGGCUGUACGGUGCGCUGCCGUAUGCGUUUGCGCAGGGGCUGAUCGAGCUGCCAUACGUGCUGGUGCAGACGUUUCUGUACUGCAUCAUCACGUACGCGCUGGUGCAGUUCCAGUGGACGGCGGCCAAGUUCUGGUGGUACUUCCUGUUCAUGUUCAUCACGCUCUUCUGCUUUGUGAUGUACGGGCUGCUGGCCAUCUCCAUCACGCCCAACGAGCAGCUCGCCAUGCUGCUCUCCUCCUUCUUCGUGCCCUUCUGGAACCUGCUCUGCGGCUUCAUCGUCCCCCGGCCGCAAAUCCCGGUGUGGUGGCAGUGGUUCUACUGGCUGACGCCCAUCUCCUACAGUCUCUACGGCUUGAUUGAGUCUCAGCUGGGAGACAUCACCACGCCCAUACAGGUGAACGGAAUGACGGGCACUCAGACAGUGGAGAGUUUUCUGACCAAUUACUUUGGCUUUGAGGCCUGGUUCCUGCCCUACGCUGCACUCAUCCUUGUCGCUCUCACCUUUGUCUUCUUCUGCUGCUACGCAUACGCUGUCAGAAAGAUUAACUUCCAGAGGCGGUAG